UUUGAUGACUUCUCCCGGGAUCUGUGUGUCCAGUCGCUGCUGGAGAUCAUGGACAUGUUCUGCGACCGCCUCAGCUGCCACGGCAAAGCAGAGGAGUGCAUUGGCCUCUGCCGGGCGCUGAUGAGUGCCCUCAACUGGCUCCUGCGCUGCGCAGCCUUCUACACCGAGAAGGUGAAGGAGACGCUGGAGCAGGCGGCAGCUGAGAGCCAGCUGAAGAUGUGUCUGGAGCGGCUGGAGAAGAUGCUUGGCAGCACCAAGAACCGCGCCUUGAUCCACAUCGCGAAGCUGGAGGAGACGUCCUCCUGGAGUGCCGUGGAGCAGUCCCUUGUCAAGCUGGGGGAGAACCUGAACAUCCUCAGCAACUCCCCGCUGCGAAGCCAGGCUGACGACUGCAUCUCCCUCAUCAAGAGCAUCCCCACCAUGCUCUCAGUCCACUCUGAGCAGCUGAACAAGACCGGCUUCCCCACUGUGCAUGCUGUGGUGCUGCUGGAGGGAACCAUGAACCUCACGGGAGAGACCCAGCCACUGGUGGAGCAGCUGAUGAUGGUGAAGAGGAUGCAGCGUAUCCCCUCCCCGCUCUUCGUGCUGGAGAUCUGGAAGGCCUGUUUUGUGGGCCUCAUCGAGUCCCCGGAGGGCACAGAGGAGCUGAAGUGGACAGCUUUCACCUUCCUUAAGAUCCCCCAGGUCCUGGUUAAACUCAAGAAGUAUCCCCAAGGGGAGAAGGAGUGCAGCAAGCAGGGGCUGCUUUCGGAGGCCAACAUGACCAACCUGAUUGCCAAACGGACGGCGGACAGAGAACACGCUCCGCGCUUGAAAUCGGCAGAGAACGCCAACAUCCAACCAAACCCGGGGCUCAUCCUGAGGGCUGAGCCGACUGUCACCAACAUCCUGAAGACCAUGGAUGCGGAUCACUCCAAGUCCCCUGAGGGUUUGCUGGGGGUCUUGGGCCACAUGCUGUCUGGAAAGAGCCUGGACUUGCUGCUGGCAGCGGCAGCAGCGACGGGCAAGCUGAAAUCCUUUGCUCGGAAGUUCAUCAAGCUGAAUGAAUUCACUAGGCUGAACGAAUUCACGAAGCACAUCACUGGAGAAGGCU